AUGAGCCUUUAUGAUGGAAUGACCGACCCGAAGCACCAUUUAAGCAAUUUCAAAAGCCAGAUGUUUUUGGUCGAUGCCUCAGAUGUGACCCAUUGCAAAGCCUUCCCAACAACCCUUACCAAGUCGGCCAUGAAGUGGUUUGAUAGUCUGUCACCUAGGUCGGUCACCACCUUCGACGACCUCGCCAGAAAAUUCCUCACCCGAUUCUCAAUUCAAAAAGACAAGGUCAAACAUGCGUCUAGUUUGCUAGAAGUCAAACAAGAGAUUGGAGAAUCCCUCAGAGAUUACGUGGAGAGAUUCAACAAGGCGUGCCUGGAUAUCCAAAAUUUUUCUACCGAAGCAGUAAUAAUGGGGUUGGUCAAUGGUCUCCGAGAAGGGCUUUUCUCCCACUCUAUCUCAAAGAGCUAUCCGACCUCUUUAAAUGAAGUACAAGAGCUAGUCGAGAAGUACAUCAAUAUAGAAGAGAAUGCCAGGUUACGAGAACCUAAUUUUCGACAAACACAUCCUUAUCAAACUCGAGAAAAGGAGAAAGAGCCUAAAAAGAAGGAAGAAUACAACUCGGAGAAAUCAAGGAGUUACCACAAUUACACCCUGCUACGAGUUUCCCUUGUGGAUGUUUAUAGGGAAAUUUGUCAUACCGAGAAGCUUCCCCCUCCUCGUCCAAUUAAAAAUAAAAAGGGUGGAAGUUGUACUGAAUAUUGUGAGUACCAUAAUCUGUACGGACAUUCCACAAAUGAUUGUUAUGACCUAAAAAUGUGA